AUGGAUAUUUUAGUUUUUGCACCAGAGUCUGGAGGCAUUGCACUGUACCGUAUUAGCGGCCAGAGAAUCUGGAGUAUUCCUGGAAAGAGAGGUGCAGGUCAUGUUAUUAGAAGCAGCUGGCGAGAUGAUGGAAAGGUUCUAGCUGUAUUAUACAGUGACGGUUCGUAUCAGGUGAUCAGAACCAGUAACGGUAAACCCGUUCUAAGUUCCGGUUCAGGUGAUAGUGCUAUCGAUCUAUCAUGGGCCGAAGGUGAUAUCACUGCCAAUAGUGGUGAUGGUAGCAAAUCAGAAUGGAGUUCGAGCUUCAAGCUUAUGGAAACUGAUGUUCUCGACUCCCUACCAAGGUUACAAGCACUUCCAACUAAACCAGGGCUAUUAAUUGAUGUCAAGUCUUCUGAGAACUCAAUUUCGAAUUUUGACGACGCCUUGAGUGUUGUAUUAACUGGCGAUAAAUCUGGCAGCAUGAACCUUAGCAUGUUCGGGAUAUUCUCAAUUGAUGGUAUCCCAAUUAGUAAUUCCAAUAUAAAAGCUCGUGAUCAGUCUCAGCAUGAACCUAGCGCGCACUUUCUGAAAAUAAAUUCGAAUCCGAAGGACAUAUCUCGAGGUACAAUAAUAGUUCAGAACGAUGAGUCCAAAGCUUUUGUCUACCAUAAGUUUCAUCUAGGGUUUAUUCAAAAAUUUGGUCAAAACUAUUUGACAGAGGUAUCUGUAAUCCCGGCGCAAAUUAGUAUUCUAAUUGAGUAUUUACAGGAGUCGGUUGCCUUGCUGCGGAAAGAAGCAAAUACCAUUGUUGAAGCUAAUAACAAGUUUAUUUCUUUGGAGUCAUUAAAUCAUAUGAGAGGUUACCUGUUCGAUUUUCUGAUAACAGGAACCAUGUGUAAAAAGAUUACAAAAUGGAUAGAGUCCAAUAAUGAAAUGGGCUAUAAACGGUGGAACAAAACAACCAUUACCAGUUAUGAUGUCUCUAACAAGAUAUUGUACGAAAAUAUUCUGCCUGCCAUAGAAAGAUUAGUAGUAUUGCUAUCGCGGCUACGAGGUUUAGCCAAGUGGAAAGAAAGAGGGGUCCCACUUGGACUGUCGGGAGAAGAACUGGAUAAAACAAUCAGGUAUGCAGAAUGUUUUUUCAAACUGACAAAUAAGUGUCUCUGGGAAUUUACGGACGAGUAUGAGAAGUUCCGGUCUUUUGCACUGUGGCUAGAACUUGGAUUUGAGUCCGUGCUAGAUAGAGUUGUUGGAUUUAGUAGAGCAGAUGAGCCUGCCACAGUGAGAACUACAGAUAUUAUGAAGUAUAUUACAGAGCUUCUUCCAGGCUCAGUUCUUACAAGCUAUUUGACAACGUCCACUGUUGGCGUUGGCGACGAGAAAAUCGAUUUGAAACAAAAGUCAGAUACAGUCAAUUCUGAUUCUCAACCUUUAGAAGACCAUGAUGUCUCAGUUAGCCAAGGAGCAACCAGUAAGAGCACUGGUGACGCCUCCCUAGACUCUAUCGAGAACUUAUCUCUAGCUAACUGUCUUGAAAAUAUCGACUCGACAUUUUCUGCAACUACCACUAAAAUCGAAAGUGCCAUGAAGAAACUGAUUUCUGUGGAUGUGGGCAUUCCUCUGGCGAGUUCUGAUUUCAACGUACGUCAGGCAUAUUUCCGGGGAACAAGUUUCGUCUUGAUAUAUGGUCAAGAUGCUUUCCUAUAUAUGGUGAGGAUUCAUGACAGCGGUAUCGAAGUCGCCAAAAUAAAGUGCGAAAACACUAUUAUUCAAGCUGAGUUCAUCAAUGAAUCUGAAAUUAUUCUUCUUGUGGUCGAUUCUGAUUCCAGGUAUCAUUUGCAGGUUGCCAACUACGAAAGUGUAGCAUAUACAGCCCUUGAUGGUAAAUCAGACCUUCUGAAUCAAACUGUAGCAACACUGACACACAACCUAGACUCUGUCGACCUAGCACCCAGCAACACUCACAGUUUUGAUAAGGACUUCACUCCUGGCUCAUUUGUGGUAAAUGGUAGAUCGGGUCACGAAUUGGCAUGUGUAUUGAACGCCGAACGUCAGCGGUACGCAUUAAUUUAUUUACACGUAGAACAGGCUUAA